AUAAUGUUUCACUUGCUGUCCAUUUACCAUGCAUUAUUUUACAGUGUGCCUAGAAAUGUUUUUUGCUUUAUUUGCUUCUCUUGCUUUAUGCACCAUUUACUUUGCACACUGUCAUAGAUUCAAACGACACUACAGUGGUAGUUUUAUUAAAAAUGGGGAAGAGGUACUGAUUCCUGAGUGCUUAGAGUUAGCUCCUUACACUGUAGACCUGCUUCAGAGUAACAGUUCUUACAGUUUGUUUGGAAUGACAAACCACCAUGGCACGUUCAUGCACAAUGGCCAUUAUACUGCCGUAUGCCACAGAGGAGACCGGUGGUACCGUUUUGAUGACACCAAAGUCUCAAACACUACAACUAGGCAGCUGGGCAGAGCCAGUGACUCUGCUUACUUGGUGUGGUACCGCUUAAAAAAGGACAUAGUUGGUGACCUUCCACUUGACUCUGAUAUAACUGACAAAACUACAACCACUGAAUUAAUAAAUAAUCUAUCUCCAUGCAAUCCAGACCAACACUUUUUAGAUUUUGACAUUGAAAGUGAAGUAGAUAUGUUUGCCAUGACUGAUGAAGAGUCCGACACAGGAAGUGACGAUAAAGUGUUCUCAAUGAGAAUUUUAACUGAUGACGAUAAAUUGUUCUCAAAAACAAUUUUAAGUGAUGACGAAAAUAAUAAUUUGUUCGAUCCUGCCACAGGCAUCAGUAAUUUAACUAUCCAAGCAACACCUCAGCCUCAGCUUUCAAAUCCCAGCCAGGUCUCUUCGGUCUCUUCCCAGCAGCAGUGUGACCACCCACCAUAUGACUUGGAUGUUAUGGAUCCGCAGCUUUCUGAGGGUGAGGUUACAGGGGCAAAAAUUAAGGAAGAUGAACUUGAAAAAAAGGACAAUAAAAGCCUUAUGAGGUGGCUUCAUUGUCGGAGACUUCCUACUCGGGGAAAUAAGGCAAAGCUAAUAGAAAGGAUAAUGCACCACGUGAAGAAUGAUAAAGGAGGGAAAAUCUACCAAGGGGUUGAUGGUGGUAAAUGGUAUGAAAGGAAAAGGAAGAAGCUGAUAGCACAGGCUCAUCAAUCUAACCAGAACGCUCUGCCUAUGAUGCCCGUUGGAAACAAAGUUUUUCAGCCGUUCCCCAGCGUGCACAUACCAAACAAAUAUUCAUCAGCCAAGGCCAGAGAUUACCUAGACCUUAUACCUAAUAUCAGAUUCUCGUAUGUGGGUGGUGUUGAAAGUGAAGAUGGAGAUGGAGAUGAGCAGGUGGUGGUGGACUUCUCCCAACCAACACAGCAAGAUAGGAAAAAUAUUUUUGUGGAUGGGACGCUAAAAAGAGCAAACCAAUUCAUAGACAGUGGCAGAGUUCUGGGGAUUACUGACUGCAUAAGAAACUUGCAUUACUUUGUUAAGGCAGAUGUUCGAGCAUCAUAUGUGGCAGACACCUAUAAGGUGUCUGUAAUGAUAUCCAAAAAUCAUGGAAAUGUAUGCUUUGCAGAAUGCACAUGUAAGGCGAGAGCACUUGCAAGGUGCUGCCACAUAAUGGCUGUUCUGCUGCUCAUUGGUCGUCAUGUUGAAUCAAAAGGACACGAAGCUGUCACUUGUACGGGGAGACUGUGCUACUGGCUAGCACCGGGCUCAGCAACACACAGACAGCCAGGUGUUGUUCGUGAAAAAAAUGAAUAUUACAAGAAGAGUGCCAAUUUCAAAAGGAGAGCAUACUUUGACCCCCGCCCAACUGUCCAGCAACUAGAUUGUGACCCGGAAAGAGUCUCAGAACUGCGUAGUGCCCUGAGUGGAAUGGCGACCAAAUUACUGUGGCAUUACCAGCUUCUCGAAAGCCCCAUCAUACCUGAGUCGUACCCUGAUGUUGUUUGUACAUAUCAAAUUGCUGAGAUGUGCAGUCAUCUCAUCUGGAACCUCAACAGUGUGAGAGAUCUAUCUACAAACAGACCAAUUCACCUAGUCAAAACUGCAGGACAGUCUGGUAGUAAAUUUUGGCAUUCAGAAAGAUCUGUGCGCCUUACUGCUUCUGUGGCUAAAAAUGUUUUGGGACUGUCUUCUGACAAGACUAGAUUGAAAUUUUUGAGGAAGCAUGUGUGGGGCCUUGACCCAUUCAGAAAUGAAGCCAUGGAACGAGGGAGUCAACUGGAAGACCCAGCCAGGAAAGCGUAUACCCUCCAUCUUAAAGAAAAUAAUGUGGACAUUGACAUUCUAGAAAGUGGAACUUGGGUCAAUCCAGCUUUUCCUCAAUUAUCAUGCAGCCCUGAUGGCCUUAUUGUUGACACAAACGGCAUCACUCGACUGUUGGAAAUAAAGUGCCCUGCUGUCCUCACAGAGAUGGAUCCAAACGAAUUUGAGAAACUGCCCAAAAAACAGUUGUCUAACUUUUGCAUAAGAAGAAAUAAACAAACUGCUCAGCUAGAACUUAAACCCACUGACAAGUGGUACUAUCAGGUGCAAAUGUCUCUCUCAAUCAUGCAACUAGAAUGGUGUGACUUUGUGAUAUACUCAACAGUGAAAGAGAAACCAAAAUUUAUGUGCAUUAAAGUGCAGUACGAUGAAGAAUUUUGGAGAGAGAAGAGGGAACGCCUAGUCAACAUUCACCGAGAGUGGCUUGUUCCAGAACAUUUCCUUGCAAACACUGUUUUCAAUCGGGUCCCAACUAGAUUGAUGUAUGCACCAUUUCAUGAGGACCACUCUGACGAUUUCUUUCUGUUUGAGGCACACGCCACUGAUGAAGACCAGAGCUCUCUAAAAGAAACUGAGGAUGCUUUUCUUAUUCGUUACCGUUCAAGAUCACAGAAGUUACUAUUGAAAAUCUGUAACACUUAAUUGUGUGACAUUUUUAAACUAAUUGUCAGUAUUUUAUUUAUGUUAAUUAAUCAAGACUGAUUUUAGUUAUGUGUAUGUGCACUGUAAAUUUUAUCUCACACCUGACUUUACCAAAGGUUUAGCCAAAUUUCUUAUAUUUACAAAACUGUAACACUUUUUAAAAAUGACUUAUGUAUCCAUACAUAAUUAAUAAUUGCCACAAUUAAAAAGGAAAUGUUUAAAAGAACUAAUUUCAUUGUGAAUUUUAAUUUAUUUCCUGAUUGACUUAAGUAGUUUUCUUCUCUUACCUGGAAAGUUACAUUGGGCUGUGGGAAACCAGAAGG